AGGAGGUUGUAUCCGGAGCUCUCAACGCUCGCUGGUGCUGCUCGUGGUUCCACUGGGUACCUUUGCUGCCAGUGCUGAUCCAGCCGGAGGCGAAGAGAAGCACUUUGGGGGCAAAAGAAUCUUCUCAUGGCGUGCUAACAAUUGUAGAUAGCAACUGUGUUGGAAACUAGGGAAUCCCAUCUGAGUUGGUCAAAGUCUGCCAAAAAGAAAAAAGAAAACCAAUAUUUAAGAGAAGAGAAAAAUGAAGACAGGACAUUUUGAAAUAGUCACCAUGCUGCUGGCAACCAUGAUUCUAGUGGACAUUUUCCAGGUGAAGGCUGAAGUGUUAGACAUGGCAGAUAAUGCAUUUGAUGAUGAAUACCUGAAAUGUACUGACAGGAUGGAAAUUAAAUACGUUCCCCAACUGCUGAAGGAGGAAAAAGCAAGCCACCAGCAAUUAGAUACUGUGUGGGAAAAUGCAAAAGCCAAAUGGGCAGCCCGAAAGACUCAAAUCUUUCUCCCUGUGAAUUUUAAGGAUAACUAUGGAAUAGCCCUGAUGGCAUAUAUUUCCGAAGCUCAAGAGCAAACUCCCUUUUACCAUCUAUUCAGUGAAGCUGUGAAGAUGGCUGGGCAAUCUCGAGAAGAUUAUAUCUAUGGCUUCCAGUUCAAAGCUUUCCACUUUUACCUGACAAGAGCCCUGCAGUUGCUGAGAAGACCUUGUGAGGCCAAUUCCAAAAAUGUGGUAUAUAGAACAAGCCAGGGCACUUCAUUUACAUUUGGAGGGCUAAACCAAGCCAGGUUUGGCCAUUUUACCUUGGCAUAUUCAGUCAAACCUCAGGCUGCUGAUGACCAGCUCACUGUGUUAUCCAUCUACACAUGCCUUGGAGUUGACAUUGAAAAAUUUCUUGAUAAAGAAAGUGAAAGAAUUACUUUAAUACCUCUGAAUGAGGUUUUUCAAGUGUCACAGGAAGGGACUGGCAAUAACCUUAUCCUUCAAAGCACAAACAAGACCUGCAGCCAUUAUGAGUGUGCAUUUCUAGGUGGACUAAAAACUGAAAACUGUGUUGAGAACCUAGAAUAUUUUCAACCCGUCUAUGUCUACAACCCUGGUGAUAAAACCCAGAAGCUUGAAGACCACGGUGAGAAAAACCAGAAGCUUGAAGACCGUGGUGUGAAAAUCCUUGAACCCACCGAAAUACCAGGAAUGAAAAUUCCAGAACCUUUUCCACUACCUGGAAUAAAAAUGAUACAACUGAAUGAAAAACCUGAAGAUAAAAGUCAAGGAAAUAUCAACAAUCCUACUCCAGGUCCAGUUCCUGUUCCAGGUCCCAAAAGCCAUCCUUCUGCAUCCUUGGGCAAAAUGCUGCUUCCAGAGUUUGGGAUGGUCAUCAUUUUAAUCAGUGUUUCUGCUAUAAAUCUCUUUGUUGCUCUGUAGUUUCAUGCAUUGUUUAUCUUUCUUGUUCUUUACUUGAAAUAACUAUAGGGAUCCCACAGGAGAUCAAAAGGAAUGAUGUAUUUUUCACUUGUUGGCCAAAGUCACUGAUAAAAUGAGAAUUGUAUAUUUGUUAUUCAUUUUGCAAAUUCAGAAAGUUGGUCCAGAUAUAUGUCACAGAACUUUUCACUUCUAUACUAAUUGAAAAAAAUCCCGAAAACUGUAUACUUCUGAUUGAAUUCAAUAAAAGAUUUUUAGAUAUUU